AUGACUCACGCAGAGCUCCAUGUGAUACACGACGUCACAGUUCAGUAUCGCAAGACCUCCGAGACCAGAUUCGGAGCCUCCGCCUCAAUUACCAUCCAGGCCAUGACCAGAUUGCUGGAUAUCUGUCGAGAGUCCAAGCGAUUCGAAGCCGAAGUCGUCCACUUGUGCGAACAACUUCUCGGAACUCCAUCUGAUGAGACCGAGAUCGACCAAGAGAAACUCCAAGCAAUACUGGAUGCUCAUUACGAAGAGCAAUACGCUUCAAUCGCAUCGGCCAGUGUCGAGUCUGUUUCCACCGAGCAGAUACAGCGAGUGAUCACCAUCCGCAGGGAACGGCUGACCACUAUACGGGCUACCUACGGAUGGGCUCUGUGUCGCUUAUUUCAUUGA